GCGUCACAAUAGCAAAAAACCCUAUAUAAGAGCAGACUCGUCUAACUACAACAGCUGCUGAUCUGCUUCAUUUACAUCUCGAACUUUCACCGUACGCAGUGGCGCAGGAAAACUGGAUGGAACAUCUGUUCGGAGCAGGAGAAACGGAGCCUACUUUCGGUGACAGUUCCAAGGCAGUCACGUGGCCGCAGGCGUCAUUGGUCACGUGUUUAUGGCAGAAGGAAUCAAACACUCAAAGUAAGUUGUUGUAUUUUUAGACACACACCUCGGAGAGCUCAGUGUCAAGGGUGACGUCACAAGAACGUACUGUCCCUCACAAGACAUCAUUAGUGAAACGCCUAAUGAACACACCAUGUCGGAUCCCUGCACCUCGACUGGCUGGUGCAGGUCAGAUAACCGACUACCUUUACAUCAGCAGCGGCAAGACGGCCAAAGACAGCUCGGUUUUAACUCGCCUCAAAAUCAACUGCAUCAUUAACGCUACACAUGAGAUGGACGCGAUGUGCAUUCCUUCUGUUGAAUAUCUUCAUGUGCCGGUCGCUGACUCUCCUGCAGCUCAACUCCAAGAAUAUUUUGACAUCGUCGCAGACAAAAUACACGCGGUUAGUGCGCAGCGCGGUCGAGUGUUAGUACACUGCUGUGCAGGCGUGAGCCGUUCCGCGACGCUUUGUCUCGCCUACCUCCUGAAAUAUCGCGAUAUGUCGCUGAUGGACGCGCACGCGCUGGUCAGGGCCUGCAGGCCAAUCAUUCGACCUAACUGCGGUUUCUGGAAACAGCUAAUUGAUUACGAGCUCAAUUUACGUGGAACGAAUUCUGUAAUGAUGGUGGCUUCACCCUUGGGACAAAUUCCAGACGUGUAUGAGAAGAACACUAGAAACUUUAUACCAGUUUAAAACUGGCAUAGCCUCUAAAUGCCACCUGUUGAAAUUUUAUGCAGUUUAGUGAUGUUUUACAAAAAAAAAAUAGUUUAUAUGAAAAUACAUUCAUUCAUUCCUAUUCAGUAAUCUCCUUUCUUUCUCUAGUGUUUUAAAUGACCAUUCCCUAGUCUUUGGUAAAUUACUGAUUUACCAAAGGAUGGCAAAUGUGAAUCAUCACAAUGUUCACCUGGUUUAACUUGUAUUUCAUGUAUGCUUUUAUGUAAUUCAUGUAUGUAACAUAUUUUCUGCCAUAUAUUCCCUGAAACAGUUGAAAAACAGAUGUUUUCAAAUUCAGCUACUGUUUGUUGUCCUUUGUGUCUGAAGUACUUGCGAUAUUAAAGGUGAGGUCAGGGAUUCAUAAGUAAGCAUUAUUAUGUUAUUUGGCAAUGUUUUCAUAUUCCAUCAACUGUUCAGAGGGGAUUACAAAUCGUCUAAGAAUAGACAAUCUCUUGGGUCCAUUCCAGAAAGCAUCCAUUGAAAGUUAUCUUGAUAACCUCUUCAGUGUAUAUAUGCAUAUCCAGUUAUAUAUAAAUUUGUCUUUUACCCUUCUGGUUUUCUUUAAUGCACAUUGAAUGUUGUAGCCUUUUUCAGAUGGUGAAUAUCUUGGAUAAGGUUAUUGGACAUGUAAUUUUGUUUUUUAUUUAAUAAAGUAUUUAAGUCUAAA